AUGCGUUUGUUGAGCUGCUGGGUGUGCUUCGCCACAGAUGAGGAUGACCGUACUGCAGAGUGGGUGCGUCCAUGCCGCUGUCGUGGUUCCACUAAAUGGGUUCACCAGUCCUGCCUGCAGCGCUGGGUGGAUGAGAAGCAGCGGGGCAACAGCACAGCACGUGUAGCCUGCCCACAAUGCAACGCAGAAUACCUCAUUGUCUUUCCAAAACUGGGUCCUGUGGUCUACAUGCUGGAUCUGGCUGACCGGCUCAUCUCGAAGGCCGGGCCCUUCGCCGCCGCUGGCAUCAUGGUGGGCUCCAUCUACUGGACUGCUGUCACUUACGGGGCCGUCACAGUUAUGCAGGUUGUGGGCCAUAAGGAGGGGCUGGACGUGAUGGAGCGGGCUGACCCUCUGUUCCUGCUCAUUGGCCUGCCCACAAUCCCUGUCAUGCUGAUUUUGGGGAAGAUGAUCCGCUGGGAGGACUAUGUCCUGCGGCUGUGGAGGAAGUACUCCAAUAAACUCCAGAUACUCAACAGUAUUUUCCCAGUGGGCACACUGCUGCCCUCUGUGGUGUCCACAGGGAUUGGCUGCCCCGUUCCUCGGAUCCCAGCAGAAGCCAGCCCUCUGGCAGAUCACGUGUCAGCCACGCGAAUCCUGUGCGGCGCCCUCGUCUUCCCCACCAUCGCCACCAUCGUUGGGAAACUCAUGUUCAGCAGCGUUAACUCCAACCUACAGAGGACCAUCCUGGGCGGCAUCGCCUUCGUGGCCAUCAAGGGCGCGUUCAAGGUUUACUUCAAGCAGCAGCAGUACCUCAGACAAGCCCACCGCAAGAUCCUCAACUUCCCUGAGCAGGAGGAGGCCUGAGAAGGCCCCACUGUGGUGGAGGAGGUGAACUGCUAACGACACGUCACGGCUCCUCCAUGGUGACAUUCGUGCAAAGACCCCCAGCGACACCCCUGCACGUUUUAAACUGUUCACACCUUCAGAAGGUGAAGACGUGCACGACACUCGCACGUCAGUUCACCCAGGAGGUGACCGUUGCGACCACAUAACCUGCUGUAUUUUACAACUCAAUGUUGGGCAUGUGACAUCAAGUUUUAUAGCUUUGUUCUAUGUUCAUUUUGGGAAUCUGAUGACAUUUAAUGUGCGAAUGAAACAACGAAAGGUGUCUGAGACAUGAAUCAGACAAAGGGAGUGCACAGACUUUAGGAUAGCAGUUCUUCCUCCAGUCACGCGCCUCACAGCGUGCACGUCUUAGAAAGCUGUGACAUGCUUUAAAGCUUCACGCCGCUGUAUUGGAGCCUGUUGCUAUGAGUCUGCAGACAGGACGUGUGAUUUGCAGUUACGUUUCCACUUAAAAAAAAAAAAAAAAAGAACAUUUUGACACCACAGCUUCAGUUUUCACUCCAAGAUGUGGAAC